CGGGGAACUGUGAAAUCUACUGUGAGAUUUCCGCCCAAUGAGUUAUCUUACAUUAUAAAUGAUUUUGCUCAUCUAGUCUGUCGUUGCCAUUAAUACCAACAAAGUCAACGAUCCCUCUCACCAACAGCAGUCUGCCCAUCAUGCUCGUCGCAGAACUCGUACAAGGCCUCGUCCACGAGGCAACUCACCGACCAACCGAGUUUCUCGCCAAAUUUCUCGGUGUCGCCGUGUUAGUGUACUUCAUAGCAAAUGAGGUUGUCAGAUCGAAAGCCCGUCUAUCCGCUUGGCAUGGCCCAAAGGGACUCCCCGUCAUAGGAAAUCUGCACCAGCUCGGCGGUAAUGCCUCGCAGGUGUACAAGGAUUGGGCAAAGGAGUUUGGUGCCGUUUAUCAGGUCCAGCUCGGCAACCUCCCGGUCUUGGUUGUGAACACUGCCGCCGCGGCCAAGGUCAUGUUUGGAAACAACUCUCAAGCGACUGCUUCCCGGCCAGAGCUCUAUACUUUCCACAAGAUUGUUGCUAAUACUGCCGGUACCACCAUUGGCACAUCUCCCUACAAUGAGUCUCUUAAGAGGAGAAGAAAGGGCGCAGCAUCCGCUCUCAACCGCCCGUCCAUUGAGACUUACAUCCCCCACCUGGAUCUUGAGACCAGAGACUUCCUCAAAGAUGCUCUCAACUACGGCAAAGCAGGCAAAGUCACCGUUGACCCCUUGCCCCUGGUCCAGAGACUCAGCUUGUCGCUGGCAGUCACACUGAACUGGGGCAUGCGAUUCCCCAGCCACGACGACGGACUCUUCAAGGAAAUCACGACUGUCGAGGGCGAGAUCAGCCGCACGAGGAGCGUCACGGACAACAUGCAGGACUACAUCCCCCUCCUCCGCUACAACCCCUUCUCGGCAGGGAAGCGCCACGCCGUAGAGAUGAGAAUCCGCCGCGACAAGUACCUGUCCAAGCUCAACGGUGACCUCGAGGAGAAGAUUCGCACCGGAACGCACGAGCCUUGUAUUCAGGCCAACGUUAUGCUCGACGAGGAGGCUAAGCUGAAUAAGGUCGAGUUGACAUCGAUCAGUCUCACGAUGCUUUCUGCCGGCUUCGAGACGUUUACUGCGGUAUCGACGUGGGGCAUUGGGUUCUUGGCGACGCACCCCGAGAUUCAGCAGAAGGCGUUUGAGGCGAUUAGGGAGACUUACGACGAGGGAAACCCGUUGUGUGAUGCGCACGAUGACCAGACUAUUCCCUACCUUCGCGCGUUGGUGCGCGAAUGCUUAAGAUUCUUUACUGUCCUUCGCCUCUCAUUGCCUCGUGCCACGAACAAGGAGUUCAUGUACGAGGGUAAGCUGGUACCAAAGGGCACCGUAGUCUUCCUGAACUCUUGGGCUUGCAACAUGGAUGGCGAUCUCUGGCACGAUCCCGAGGUCUUCCGCCCCGAGCGCUGGCUGGAGAACCCCGAAGCACCCAUGUUCACCUACGGCAUGGGCUACCGCAUGUGUGCCGGAACCAUGCUGGCCAACCGGGAGCUGUACAUCACUUUCCUCCGCAUGUUGGCCAGCUUCGAGCUGUCAUCGACGGACAAGAUCGACACUGAUCCCAUCACCGGCGCUGCUGAUUUGACCAACCUGAUUAUUACGCCAGGCUCCUACAAGGUCACCUUCACCCCCCGCAACGAGGCAGCUUUGAGGAGCGCCUUGGAGACUGAGGUCGAGCACUGAUUUGAGUUGAGAUUUGGCAUUAGCUAGCUAGGUAUUGAGGCUGCUUUGGCAUAGGUAUAUGGAUGAAUUGCAGAACGGAACGCAGUCCCGCUUUUGAACAAGGGUUGAAGAUGGUCAGCGUCAUGAGACUGGAGAAUUCUCGCUUUGGUACGGAACCAUGCAUGGAUUGACACAAAGGGAGGAAGCAAGGUCAAGUAAGAUCUUCUAGGUAGUAUUCUAUCUAUGUAAAAUAGGUCAAAAAGCAAAAGAUGAGAUUCAAUUUCCGAAA